GCAUGCUCAGAUUGAAUUGCCGGGAACUGGUAGACUAUCUGCCACCCAAUGUUUUUAUCCAGUCUAGAGAAGUACAUUUUAGAGCAGCCAGGAGUAGUUGAUGUAUCUGCUGGUUAUGGUGCUCCUUUAAAUCAGUCGGUGCUCCAGUCCUGGGAGAGAUUGAAGGGCCUCACUUUAACUGACGACAUCAGAGACUUUUACAUGAGCCAUGAUGGAGCAUACCUUAUAUGGAAAUACAAUCACAACAGAAACAGUAUUGUUUUGGGUAACAUUACUAUUAAUUCAUUGGACGAUCUAUCUGUUUUUAACCCUUUUAACACAUGUGCCAAUACAUGUACGCCAUCUCUGUACGACUUACAAGACAAGAAUGAUGAUUGGGAUCCAUUUUACUGUAUAAAUAAUAAAAUUAUCAUUAUUAGCAGUUGUCCUGACACUGGACAUACAUGCCUUGUGUUUGAUGAAAAUUCAUUAUUUAGAGGAAUUUGGUUGAUUGAUUUAGCUCUUAAUUGUCACUUAAUGUGUGACACAUUUUCUGAUUACCUGAGGUUGUGCCAAGUGCAUUUAGGAUUAAUCCAAUGGCCAUAUUCUCUAGUUGGACUUGAUGUCAGCAAUCAUUAUAAAGCUUGGUUUGAAAUAUUUAUUCCUAAAAGAUUUUUGAUCAAUAAUAAAGAACAAGAACAAGAUGAUGAUAGUAGUCCUGUGUCAGUUCAUUUGACCACACCUAACUUCUCAUUGUACAAUCAAAGACCAAUGAAAUAACAACAGUUCAGUGUUAUUAUUAGUAACAACAGUUCAGUGUUAUUAUUAGUAACAACAGUUCAGUGUUAUUAUUAGUAACAACAGUUUGGUGUUAUUAUUAGUAACAAUAAAUUAUCAACAAUACAGGAAAGAGUGGCAGGGGACUAGAAUUAAUUAAUCAAUUAUAAAAAAUAAUAAUUGAAUUGUUAUUUUUUUGUAAAAGCAUUUUGUGUAGUCUCUAGA